UGUAACAGACUGAGAGACUACCUCUUCUCUUGUUGAUAGUAACUAGAUAAUUUUAGUCAGAAAAAAUCAUUUUAUAAUAGUUGUUAAUUAUCAGAAAAAAUCAUUUUAUAAUAGUUGUUAAUUUUAUUACAACAUGGGAGCUUCAUGGUUGUAAAAGAGCUUAUGAAAGUACAUUCUGCUCCUCUCUAUGUUCAAUUAAUGAAACGUUCCUCAAAUUUAUUGACAAAAUCCAUCUUCUGUUUUAAGUAUGUGUAUGAACACACACAUAUAUAUAUAUAUAUAUAUAUAAAACUCAUUGUAUAGUGCUCAGAAGAUUUUGGUGUAUUGAUUUGCUUGUUUCAUCUUCCUGUAGGGUUGUUCCGUUGCGGAAACAGUCGCAUAUGACCUAGUCCUGGAAAAGGCCUUGAAAAUGCAGUGUUUUCAGCAAAGAAAAUUGUUGUUACAUGGUUCAUGGAAAUGGCUUUUGGAAGAAUUUGCCUCCUACUAUGGGAUUUCAGAUGUCUACACCAAGCUCACGUAUACCGCACUUUCUUUUUUUUAAUCAUUGGAGGAUAUGCUAUAACUCGGUUUUCUCUGUCGUGUUUUGUUGCAUUAAGAUACUUGACCUAUGUGAUGGAUGUCGCUACACCAACUUCAGACUGUCUCCAUUUGGUGCAUGACUUGCUAGCACCUGUUAUCAUGAAAGUAAAUGGCAAGGCUACCUUGAGUCAUCAAGAGAAUUGGAUCCUAAAUGAAAUCAAGAACCAAACCGAGCAGAUUCUGAAGCUGGUCUUUGAGAACUACAAAUCUCUUGAUGAGUCUUCUUUCUCUGGAAUGAAUGAUGUAGUCAGUUCUGCAACAGGAGUUCCAGCGCCCGCACUCGCUCCUGCUGUUAAAGUGUACAUGCUUCUGCAUGAUAUAUUGUCUCCGAAGGAUCAGAGUAAUCUUUGUCAUUACUUCCAGGUAGGAGCAAAGAAGAGAUCUAGAAUGCAUAUGGGUGAGACAGAUGAGUUUGUUACAAACAACAAUGAUCCCAAUUUUUGGGAUCCUUCUUCAAUGUCGUCUGCUUACAAGAAAAUGACCAUGGUCUGCAAGAAUGUAAAGAAUGAGAUUUAUACUGAUAUCGAGAUCCACAAUCAAUAUAUACUUCCCAGCUUUAUUGACCUUCCAAACUUGUCAGCAUCCAUAUAUAGCACUGAUCUCCGAAACAGACUUCGAACAUUCCUUGCUGCAUUUCCACCGUCUGGUCCUUCACCAGGAGUUGCAGAGCUUGUUAUUGCAACUGUAGAAUUUCAACGUGAUCUUUCCAGCUGGAACAUUGGUCCUAUCCAAGCUGGUGUUGAUGCAAAAGAAUUGUUCCACCAGUAUAUUAUGAUUUGGAUUCAAGAUAGACGCCUUUCCUUACUUGAGUCAUGCAAACUUGAUAAGGUACAAUGGGGCGGAGUCCGGACACAGCAUUCAACAACCCCAUUUGUUGAUGAAAUGUACACCAGGCUGAACGAAACCAUUCAAGACUAUCAAGUUAUCAUUUCUAGAUGGCCCAAAUAUAUCUUUGUCCUGGAGAGUGCCAUUGCUGAUGUUGAAAAAGCAAUUGUGGAAGCUCUGGAGAAGCAGUAUGCAAAUGUCUUAUCACCUCUAAAAGAAAACUUGCCUCCAAAAAAGCCAUAUGUAGUUCCGGAUGAGCUGGGAAUUUUAUUAAACACUAUGAAGAGAAUGCUUGAUGUUCUAGGGUCUAAUAUAGAGGAUCAAUUCAAAGCAUGGUCUUCAUCAUGCAUUCCUGAGGGUGGGAACGUAGCUCAUGGGGAUCGUCUUUCUGAGGUGACGGUGAUGCUCAGAGCCAAGUUUCGAAGUUACCUUCAAGCUGUUGUCGAAAAACUCGCACAAAAUUUUUUUUUUUAUUGUUUUCUACAAAAGGCGACAACGUUGAAGAAGAUUCUUCAGGACUCUAAGGGCAUCAGCCACUGCGCCUGCUCUAAAGAAAGUGUUGGAGAAUCAGACAUGCAUAACUUGAAGGAGCAGCUCACCAACACACUGAAUAAUCUACAUUCGGUUUGUGCGACGCAUGUAUUCAUCGCAUUGUCUCGAGGAUACUGGGAUCGUAUGGGAGAGAUUGUUCUAAGCUUUUUGGAGAACAAGACAGAGAACAGAGCUUGGUAUAAGGGUCCUAGAGUUGUUGUCUCAAUGUUAGACGAUACAUUUGCAGCAGAGAUGCAAAAGCUACUAGGAGAUUCGUUGAGAGAGCAAGACCUGGAGCCUCCGAGAUCGAUUGUGGAGCUUCGCUGGAUUCUUUGCAAGGAAAACGCCUAAAAUGCUCAAGAUUGCUUUAUAGCUCGAAACUGUAAGGGAUCGGAUCUCAUUUCCUUUUAGCA